CGUUUAACCAAAUGAGUGAGAAAUGUCAUGCUUUUACUUUGAAGGACUCCGCCAACGGUUGCUAUCCUGUUCCUUCGCGCUUUUGUCAAAAUGGCGGCGCUCAUCGUCAUUGAUGAGAGUUUAUGGAAAUGAUUCUGUAACAUUUAAUGGUUAUAUCGACAACAAAUUAAAAGCAUUGCUCGCAGACACCAUGGCUACAUUAGAACAGAAAUCACCCAAUGUUCUCCUCCAAAGCCUUUGCUGCAGAAUCACCGGGAAAAGCGAAGCUGAAGUAGCCCACCAGUUUCAGUAUGCAGUCCGAGUCGUUGGCAGUAACUACGCCCCAAGCAUUGAACGAGACGAGUUUUUGGUGUCAGAGAAGAUCAAAAAAGAACUGCUGAAGCAGAGGAGAGAAGCAGAUGCGGCACUGUUCUCUGAACUGCAUAGAAAACUCCAGACACAGGGUGUUCUGAAGCAUCGCUGGUCUGUUCUCUAUCUGCUGCUCAGCCUCUCUGAAGACCAUCUGAAACCGUCCAGCAGAGUUGGCAACUAUGGGGCACUGUUUGCACAUGCCCUCCCCAGGGAUGCCCACUCCACCCCAUUUUAUUUCACCCGGCCCCAAAGCCUGGCACUGUGUUACGGAGAGAAAAGUGGUGGACUUUCUGCCAGUGUUGGCACUAGUGGCAUCUCCAGUCUAGGGGUAUACACGCUGAAUGGACCCACACCAACUCCACAGUCAUUUCUAGCUAGUCAGCCCCCGCAGUCGGCAGUUGAGGUCACUCAACCUCUAGGCUCUCGCCUGGCCUGGGCAUUGCCAGUGAGCAACUCUGUUCCUUCUGCUGUUGCCCCACCAAACACACGACCAUCACCUGCACCUCCAGCUCAGACUACCAGAGUUGUAAAUCGGCCUCGAAGAGAUGGUGACUCAGGAGAAGUCAGUGAAGCAGCACUGGUGCGUGAUAUUCUCUACGUCUUCCAAGGUAUUGACGGUAAAUACAUCAAGAUGAGUGCCCAGGAGAACUGCUACAAAAUGGAUACAAAGGUUUUGCUGUGUAAAUCCAAGUGUGACACCAGCAGUAGACUGGCUGAACUUGGUUGGCUCCACAACAAAGUUAGAAAGUAUGCCGAUGCUAGGAGCCUUGACCGUGCCUUUGGAUUGGUUGGACAGAGCUUCUGUGCAUCGCUUCACCAGGAGUUGAAGGAAUACUACAGACUUCUGUCAGUCUUACACUCUCAGCUGCAGGUAGAAGAUGAACAAGGUGUGACUGUGAGCACAGAAAACAGCCUGACUUUGAGGAGGCUUCUGGUGUGGAUGUACGACCCCAAAAUUCGCCUGAAAACACUGGCUGCUCUUGUGGAAUAUUGCCAAGGGCGGAAAGGAGGUGAACUUGCUUCAGCUGUUCAUGCCUAUGGAAAAACAGGAGACCCACAAAUGAGGGCAUUGAUCCAACACAUCCUCAGCUUAGUGUCACACCCCAUUUUUAACUUUCUCUACAGAUGGAUCUAUGAUGGAGAGCUUGAAGAUACCUACCAUGAGUUCUUUGUGGCAUCGGAUCCCAAUGUAAAGACUGAUCGUCUGUGGCAUGACAAGUACUCCCUCAGAAAGUCUAUGAUACCCUCAUUCAUCACCAUGGACCAGGCUCGCAAGGUGCUACUGAUUGGAAAAUCCAUUAACUUCCUGCACCAGGUUUGUCAUAACAGAACACCGCCAGUGAAGAUCAAACCUCCAUCCAAUUCUGCCGACACACCUAAAGAGGCAGCGGAGCUCCUGUCUGACCUAGAGGGAACAUUUCAAGAAAAGAUUGAUUCUGCCUACUUUGACACAAGCAAAUAUCUUUUGGAUGUUCUCAACCGAGACUACCAGCUGCUGGACCACCUGCAGGCCAUGAGGAGAUACCUGCUGCUGGGCCAGGGUGACUUCAUUCGACACCUCAUGGACCUGCUCAAACCAGAGUUGGUGCGCCCUGCCACCACUUUGUACCAGCACAACCUAACUGGAAUCCUAGAAACUGCUGUACGAGCCACCAACGCACAGUUUGACAAUCCUGAAAUACUCAAGAGGCUCGAUGUCAGACUACUAGAGGUGUCGCCUGGUGAUACAGGCUGGGAUGUGUUCAGUCUGGAUUACCAUGUGGAUGGACCUCUUGCUACGGUGUUCACAAGGGAAUGUAUGGGUCACUACUUGCGAGUGUUUAACUUCCUGUGGCGGGCCAAGAGAAUGGAAUACACUUUGACAGACAUCUGGAAGGGGCAGAUGUGUAAUGGGAAGCUCCUCAAAACCAUGCCUGAGUUGUCUGGUGUGUUGCAUCAAUGUCACAUCCUGGCCUCUGAGAUGGUCCACUUCAUCCACCAAAUGCAGUACUACAUCACCUUUGAGGUGCUGGAGUGUUCCUGGGAUGAGCUUUGGAACAAAGUUCAGAAGGCUCAGGACCUCGAUCACAUCAUCGCUGCCCAUGAAGUCUUCCUGGACACCAUCAUUUCAAGAUGUCUUUUGGACAACAACACGAGGGUAACUUUUAUGCAGUUGAGGGCCAUAUUCGAUCAGAUCAUUGAGUUUCAGAACGCCCAGGACUCCUUGUAUCGCACAGCGCUAGAGGAACUUGCUUUGCGGCUCCAGUUUGAGGAGAAGAAGCAGCAGAAGGAGAAAGAGGGUCAGUGGGGAGUUACGGCUGCACAAGAAGCAGAGCACAAGAAGAGAAUUGAAGAGUUCCAGGAAACCAUACCAAAGAUGCGCUCCCAGUUCCGCAUUCUUGCCCACUUUUAUCAAAGCAUCGUCCAGCAGUUCCUGGUGUUGCUGAUGACAAGCCCAGAUGAAAGUCUACGUUUCCUCAGCUUUAGACUAGACUUCAACGAACACUAUAGGGCCCGAGAGCCACGUCUGCGAGUUUCACUUGGAGCCACCAGAGGGCGUCGUCUUUCUAAUAUCUGAGUUGCAGAUGAAGAGCAACAGAUCCAGUUGCCAUAUCAAUGGCGUACAACUUCAUUGACAUGUUUAGAUGAUGUCAAGCAUUGGAUAGACUGGUGCGAUACCUUAACAGUGACCCAGAGGAAAGACAUGAAAGCAGAUGCUGAACAGUCAAGUCAGUCGAAUAAUUUUAAUCAGUGUAAAGGUUAACACAUUGCAAUCACAAAACAAUCAGCAAAAUGUAAAUAAAUACCUGAAUAAUGACGUUUUGAUGCUGGGUAGCAAAUGUAUUUCUCUGUGAAGUUUAUUGGUCCAUGAGAAAACAAGCCAUGGUUGAAGGUCUAGAAACACAGUACUCAGUGGUUUAUAGUCCAGUGGUGCCAAUGCAUAUGACAAUGUGUGUACAACAUACAUAUGUACUCAAGGGGCUCUACAGCAGGGGUGUCAAACUCCAGGCCUGGGGGCUGCUUCUGGCCCACUGUUGGUCAGAUGUUAAUAACUUAAUUCUGCCUUUGGGUUAACUUUUUAUAUAAGUCAUUUUUUUUUCUUCUUCUAGUUUUUUUAAUGCAUAUUUAGUCAUUGAAGAAUGAACAUUUGUACUGGCUGUUUGCACUGUAGCACUAUGUAGUAUUUAAAGUAAACAAAAACUUUUGUCAAAUGAAACAAUGACUGCAGUGGCCCUCAGGUCAUUUGAGUCAGAGACCCCUGCUUUAGAGACUGCCUUCUCUGCUGACGUCCUCUGACUGGCUACCUCAACCACAAUAACAUUAUUUAAGUACACUGAAAACAAAGCCUGAUCUGAUACACUGGCAGAUUCUUCCAGAUUUUGCCAUAAUAUAUAGACAGCAUAAAUGCAAAAACAUGUUUAUUCUUUUUUUUUUUUUUGAAAAUGAAAUUGUAGCACACCUAGUGGUAAUAACAGUAACUGCAGUUAUAUUAACAUAAAAAGAAAUGCACUUAAA